AUGUCGGUGACGGCGCUGCUGGUGUUCGGGUGGUGGUGGGUGUCGGCGGGCGGCGUCCGGCUCGCGCCCACGGACGUGCCGCGCUGCUGCCCUCCGGAGCGGGCGCUGUCCCCGGAGUCUUUGAGGGCGGACCUGUUGCCGACCACGGCCGUGAACGACGCUUGCGUGUCGGUGACCGAGGCCCGACCUUGGGCUCCGCUGGUGUACGCGCCGACUCGUAACAAUUUCUUGAAACGGGGUCAGCUUCCAGCUCACUGGCGGAUCGCGUAUUCACGAGUACCCUCCUGCCCCGAGCUGCGAGUCCUUCCCGAACACGCCGCACCGUACGCGCUGUUGGCCAACAAUGGCUCGCUGUUGAUGCGAGGGGCGACGAGUGCGCUCUCUCCCGAUCGUUUCUGUGCGGACGCGGUGGCCGCCCUGGUCUGUGUGGAGGACGCCGGCGGCCGAGGACCUUCCAAGUGCUGUGCUGAAGGACGGGCUUUCGAUGGCUCCCGGUGCGUGGAAGAUGAGACUCGAGCGGCCGAGGCCCUGCAUGAAUUGCGUGAGCUCGCGAACGGUAGCGCCGUCGGUGUCGGCUGGCCCUCCUGUACGGAAGGUUCUACGUAUGCGGUCGCCGGAAUAUUGAGCGGAGCGAGAUUACUCGAGGGCGGGACGCUCCAGUUGAACUCGGAGAGCUCCACGUUGGAAGCGGGCGCGUGGUGCGCGGAGGCCGUGGCCGGCGAGAGCGGCACGAGGGUGCUGGCCUGUGAGGAGGAAGCUCGGUCGGCGCGACCGGCGCAGACCGCUCGUCACGCGCUAUAUGGAGCGGGCCUGGCCGUGGGGGCAGCCUUCCUGGCGGCCACACUGGCAGCAGGGUUCGCGUUGCCCGCUGCCCACCACGCUCUCCACUGGCGCUGUCAGACACACUACGUGGCGGCCCUCAUGCUGGGAGACGUCCUCCUGGCCGCCACUCAGCUGGCCGGGGACCGCGUGCCUCCUCCGCUGUGUCGAGCGCUCGCUGUGUGUAUGCACUUCCUCUUCCUGUCCGCAUUUUUCUGGUUGAACACUAUGUGCUUUAACAUUUGGUGGACGUUCCGGGACUUCCGUCCUACGUCUCUGGAGCGCGGCCAGGAGGCGUGUCGUCUCCGCGUGUACAUGGUGUACGCGUGGGGAGGCCCGCUGGCCGUGUCGGGCGCGGCGGCCCUGCUGGACCGACUGCCCCCGGGCGCGGCGCCGGGCCUGCUCCGGCCCCGGUUCGCGGUGCAGCGCUGCUGGUUCUACGGCGACAUGGAGAUCCUCGUGUACUUCUUCGGGCCGGUCGGCGUCCUGCUGCUGGUCAACCUCGCCCUCUUCAUAUCCACCACCCGCCAGCUCACGUGCGGUCUGUGGCGGCGCGACGAGGUCAAGUCCACAUCCGAGAGGGCGGCGUUGGGUCGCGUGUGCGCCAAGCUGGUGGUGGUGAUGGGUGUGACGUGGGGAGCGGACGUGGUGUCGUGGGCGGCGGGGGGCCCGGAGUACGUGUGGUACGCCACGGACCUCCUGAACGCCCUGCAAGGAGUCUUCAUCUUCCUGGUGGUGGGAUGUCAGCCUCACGCCUGGGCGGCUCUGAAGCGUGCGGCGGCGGCUCUGUGUGCGCGGGCCCCGGGGGCGCAGGCUCAUUCCUCGUCGCACCUGCCAUCCUGCGGGGAAUCCCUGACCCACACGACGGCGGCCCCGGCCCCGGCCGCGGCCCCGGCCUCCGCCACAGCCCCCGCCCGCGUGCCCAUGGAGACCGUGUGCUGA